AUGACAUCUUCAUAUUAUCCUAUAACAACAGACAAUUUUUUUGAUAAUACACAAUCACAAUCUAUUACUCCAAUGUCUCAUUAUUCUUCAUAUCAAAUGUCAAAUACAACAAAGAAAAAUUAUCAUGAUGAUGAUGAUGAUGAUUUAGAAGCAUUACGAACAGCUGCACUUAAAACAUUAUAUUCUAAUAAACGCAAAAAUACAUAUGAUCAUUCACCAAUACAUCGAAAUUCUCGUUCAUCAUCACGAUCUUAUUCAUCAUCAUCAUCACGUUCUAGUUAUAGUCGUUCAUCUAUUAGUAGAUCAUAUUCAUCAUCAUCAUUAUCAUCAAUUAGUUCAAAUUCAUUAGAUAAAAAUGAUAAAGAUUAUCGUUUUGAAACAAAAGAUAAACAAACAAUUGGUGAUAUUGAUGAACGUUUUCCACAAGAUAUUUUAAAUAAUAAUGAUGAUGAUGCACUUAUUGUUAAUUGUCCUAUACAAGAUGAUGAUUUACUAAUACAAGAUGAACAACAAACAUUAGUAAUAAAUCAUUCCAAAGAACAAAUAUUAAAAAAACCUUCCCAUUAUAAUGAACAUAAUCAUAAUAAAUUAUCUUCAAAAGAAACCGAACGACGAAAAAAUGAAGAUACGAAAAAAUCUUCAUCGAUUAAAGAACAUCCUGUUUCAAUAACAGUUAAAUUAAAUUCUGAUGAUUUUGAUCUUCGACAAUUAAUAAAAAAACGUCGUACAAAUGAAUCAUUACAAAAUAAUAAUCAACGUAUAGUUCAAAUUUUACCAAAAGAUAAUCAAUCAAAUGUACAUAAAACAAUUGAUGAUCGUAUUUCAUCAAAACGUUUAGAUAAAAAUCAAUCAUUAAAAAAAUAUCAUAAACAUUGA